AUGCAGGAGGAGACAGAGUUCGAGCAGUUCGAGGAGAACGACCCCAGAAUCAACUACAAGGUACGGGCAAAGAAGACCCUGGAGGAGUACAAGCAGCUAGACGCCGAGGACGAGUCGCUGGCAAAGUGGAAGGAGUCUCUAGGGCUGUCGAGCGACGUCCUGCCUUUGGAGUUCCCGGGCGACACACGCAAGGUGGUCAUCAAGGCAAUCCAGCUGCUCGUCGACACGGACGCAGAGCCGAUUACAUUUGACCUGUCCACCGAGGAGUCCAUCAAGGAGCUGGCAUCUAAGCGUUACAAAAUCCGGGAAAAGUCGGUGUACAAGCUUAAAAUCACGUUCAAGGUGCAGCACGAGAUCAUCACCGGGCUGCGCUACGUGCAGUACAUCAAGAAGGCCGGUAUCGCGGUGGACAAGAUUGACGACCACCUGGGCUCCUACGCCCCAAAUACGGCCAAAAAACCCGUGUAUGAAGUCGAGCUGCCGGAGAGCGAGGCUCCGUCGGGGUUUUUGGCUCGCGGAAACUACAACGCCGUUUCGAAGUUCAUCGACGAUGACCAGGCCAACCACCUAACGCUCAACUGGUCCGUGGAGAUCGUCAAGAAAUAA